UGCUCGCUGGGAAUGGUAGUUCUCCGCCCACGCCCUUUGCACUGUCAGCCUGGCCUUGAAAGGAAGCGGCUCCCGGGGAUGGGCACGGCGCGGAGUUUUAGUUGCUGGAGUCCCAGCUUCGCGAGGGGCUGAUCUCUUGCAGGAAGAACCUCCUGGACCUGCGUAGAUGUGAUGUCCGGGUCCGGACGAAACGAAGCUCCUGGGGUUUACCAUGAGCGGCAGCGGCUGGAGCUGUGUGCCGUCCAUGCCCUCAACAACGUCCUGCAGGAACGAAUAUUCACGCAAGAGGCGGCGGAUGAGAUCUGCAAGAAGCUGGCCCCAGAUGCCAGGUGGAACCCGCACCGCAGCUUUCUGGGAACCGGUAACUAUGAUGUCAACGUCAUCAUGGCAGCUCUUCAGAGUGUGGGUCUAGAAGCCAUCUGGUGGGACAAACGGAGGCCCCUAGAGCAGCUCUCCCUGGAGGGGGUUCUUGGCUUCAUCAUCAACGUCCCGUCCAACGUGUGUCUGGGCUUCCUGUCCCUCCCAGUGAGGCGUCGCCACUGGAUCGCCGUGCGCCAGCUUGACGGCACCUACUACAACCUUGACUCCAAGCUGAAGGGUCCGGCUCCAAUCGGUGGUGAAUCUGACCUCAGGGUGUUCCUGCAGGAAAUACUAUCCCAGGGCCCUUGCGAGCUGCUGCUGGUCGUGCCCCAUGAGUCGAGCGAAGCUGGGAACUGGCUGAGCACAGUCAGGUGACCCCUGGCGCCUAUGGAUCCACGUUGGGGCCUGCCCUGAAGCACUCUGCCCCACCCUGUUGUGCUGGCUGCUGCAUGCGUUGUGGGGGAGGAAGAAACUGCACGUCCUCCCGUUUCUACACUGCCAGUCUGGGAGUGACAGUACGAGAUCCGUCCUCCUCCCCUCUCCAGGAAAUAGGAGUCCCCAGCUUCCCCCUUGCUUUUUAAAGACUUGGCCUGUCCUGGGACAGUGUGGAAUAAAGGAUGCAAUGCCCAAAUGGUGGCAGGUCUCCUGGCGCGACCAGUUAAGACCUUUGAGAUGAGUCAUGCUAUGUCUUCCAACAGCGACCAACCAGAUCUUUGAAGGGUGUGUGUGUAUAUGUGUCUAGCUUUACAGGCAGGCUAUGAUGGUUCUGUCCAACCCUUGUGCGUUUCCUGGCAUGUGGCAGUCGGUGAUAUAAAUGUGUCUGACUACCCGGUUCUGCUUCCAGCCACUGUGGCAUAGCAGACCUCUCUUCUCUGCUUAUACGUGAUCCCUUUCGUGAAAAGCCAUUUCUGCUAGUGCAUCACAGCGAGUUCCUUGGGCUAACCGAGGACUUCCUUUGCCUUUUGCCUUAAAUUUGCUGCCUCUUCAUUUUGGGGCGAGGUGCUGGGUGCCUCCAAAGGGAGGAUAUUGGGAGGGGCAAUUUGCAGGACGUCUCGUUUUCUUUUUUUCCUGCAGAAGGCCGUAGGAAUGAUAUAUGGGGUUAAGAACUAUCGAGUGGCUGUCUUGAUGAGUGAAGUUGGGAAAGAGGGAGAAAAGGAGUGUGAAAGGGCAAUUUUGUUAGCACGUCCGGGGAUCCAGUUGGCUAGAGGAAUUAUUGGGCUGGAGUUGCAGAUUGGCUUGCACAGAGAUGCAAGGCUGCAAGCACUUAACUCCUGGGCCUGUAAUUGCUGGCUAACAUAAAUUAAACCAGGAAGCUUCUCCCAACAAUGUUAGGUGAUCUGUCUGUUGGAUUUCUACCUGUUCCAAAGCACAGGUUGGAUUGGGGUAAGGGGAAGAGGUAGGUUUUUGUUUUUAUUUUUGGGGGUGGAGGGAGUCUUCUUAAAGGAAAAGGUGUGCUUCUCAUCCUCCGGGAGGAAAAUUGCAAAGGGGUACAUGGCGUUCCUUGCAGUAGGUCAGAAAUGAGUGGGGGCUGCACAGCUUUUCCGUCGCAGUCAGGAAGUGAGGCUAGUACCUUGCCCAGCUCUCUCUCUCGCUCCCCCCCCCCUGUAAUAAUCCUUCCAGUCUUUAUGCUUUGUUUAGCAAUGUGUGCUGUCCUUUUCCUGACAAGGAAAAUAUCCCUCCUCUUCCAAAACACAAGAACCUUUUAAAGUUCUCGGAGAACCGAAAAAGAAGGAAAAACUAAAUGAUGCAAAACCAAUAAAACGUGUGCUGGAGUUUGUGA